UUCGGAGCUGGAUGAACUGAAACAAGCAUCAUGCUCUGCCUCUUCUUCCUGGUCUAUUAUUUGUCAAGUACAGCGUGCUCAGAGCUGCUGAGUCGUCACAGAAGAUCUUGGAUCAUUGACUCUUUCACAAUAGAGGAGGGGCAUUCAGGACCUUUCCCUUAUGAGCUGGGCAAGAUAAACGUUGACAGGGACUACCUAGUCUACUUUGAUCUCCAUGGGGAAGGAGUGGAUGAGGAGCCAAAGGGAGUCCUCUCCAUUCAAAAAGAGUCUGGAAUGCUGUUUGUCCACAGGGCUGUGGACUAUGAGGAGAAGACGAAGCUUAAGCUGAGAUUUGAGGCCAGGAAGACAGAUUACUCAAUUGACACUAUUUUAGGACUUGAGGUUUCCAUACAGGAUAUCAACGACAACCCACCACAAUUUCAGAACAGUCUGUAUGCAGUCAGCGUUGAUGAGGAAAAGACACAAGGCUCCAAUCUCCUGACUGUGGUGGCCUAUGACAGAGACCAGAGAGGGACACUAAACUCCACAUUCCACUAUGAAAUCAAAUCUGUGUCUCCAAAAACUCCAGACACUGACUUCUUCAUUGAUGAGUUUGGAAGUAUUUCAUUCAAAGGAUGUUUGGAUCAUGAGGUGGCUCAAAUGUUCACAAUACUGGUGGAAGCCAAAGACCACGGUGAAGUAGUCAGCCUGUCCAGUUCAGCCACUGUUGUCAUUCAUGUUCAGGACGGCAAUAACCACCUCCCAACCAUCAGCGGACAAACGGGCACCGGCAAAGUGAAGGAGGGUGAGACUGGGUCUUCUCUUCUGAGGCUGCACGUGACUGACAGCGACACCCCGAACAGCCCAGCAUGGAGAGCCAGGUACACCAUACAGGGUGACGAGGGAGAGCACCUUAAGAUUGAAACAGACCCAGACACCAACGAUGGAAUCCUGACAGUGGUAAAACCUUUUAACUACGAGGAGGGAGCACAGAGGGAAGUGUCCAUCUCUGUGGAGAAUGAGUUACCAUAUUUCUUCUGCAAAGUAAAGGAGAGGACUCCCUCAGGCCUCUGGACUGUUGAUACCAGUAAAGGGGACGGUACAGAUGCAGAUCAACCUCACUCUGUAAAAGUCAUCAUCGAAGUGGAGGAUACCAAUGACCCCCCGGUGUUCAGCAUGACUGUCAAAGAGGCCAUUCUGGAGGAGAAUGCACCUACAGGAACCUGGGUAGAGAAAGUGACCGCUGUUGAUCCUGACACUAGUCACGCGAGAGAUUUUGAGUACAAGGUAGGAAGUGAUCCUGCUGGCUGGGUGACUGUGGAUCCCCACACAGGUGACAUCACAACAGUCAAAACACCAGACAGAGAAUCUCCUCAUGUCAUUAACGGUGUCUACACCAUCUUAGUGCUUGCAGUGGAUGAUGGAGAGCCACCGAUGACAGGCACAGCUACAAUCCAAAUCCACGUGUCUGACAAGAAUGACAAUGUGCCACAGCCAAAAGAGCACUUCUUGGAUGUGUGUGUGUCUGACGGCCCCACUACCACCAACAUCACAGCCUUUGACCUGGAUGACAAUCCUUACGGAGGGCCUUUCUCAUUUGAACUGCUGGGGGAUGUCAAAGGAAAAUGGAAACUGAAUCCAUCAUAUGGUUAUGCAGCUGGUCUGGUGAAGGAGCCCGGUGUGUAUGCCGGACCAUAUACAAUUGAUCUGAAGAUCUCUGGCAUGCAGGGAGAGUUUGGCGUUUACAACAUCAGUGUGACCGUGUGUGACUGCUCUGUGAUAGCCAACUGCCGAACCCGCCGAGGCACUGCCACAAGAGCUGGCUCUGGUGCUGUAGGCGUAGCGUUUGUCUCCCUGUUUUUACUCCUGUUUAUGCUGCUUCUCACAGUCUUCAUGUCCUGCAAAAAAGAGUUUGCCGCUUUUGAGACAAAUUCAUCUGGAGAUACCCUCCUCACAUCCAACACUGAGACACCAGGAACAGACUGCAAGGUGCCUGACGGUGUCCUGGCAGUGUUCACAGAUGAGAAGCACCACAAUGCAUCUAACUGGCAAAGACUGAGUGAUGGGAAGCAAAACAUGAACUUUUCAUCUCAACAGGACAUGGAACAAAACUUCAUGAACCAACACUUUCCAAAAUGGGAUCACAUAAGAACAAAUCAGUCCUGGCAACUCAGUGACAACUUUUCCCAAAUGGCCCGCAGUUCUUUCAUACGCAACUACCACCACACCCACCAGUUUGUGGACAUGAGCACAAUGGCUUCCUCCAACAAAAAGAACUCGAGCCAUGCGUCAGAGCAGACAGAUGCGACUCUCCUUGCCCUGCUUAAUCGGAGGCUCUCCUCUCUCCUGGAGACAGAGGAUGAUUUGCUGGACUAUCAGCCUCACCUGUACGCAGAGGAGGGGGACUCGUACAGCUUCUCAGAGCUGGAGAACGUCACCCUUUCUGAUGAUGAUUCGUUCCAGAAAGCAAUUAAAGACUUGGGCCCCAAGUUCAGCCAACUGGCUUCCAUUUGCAAGCCACCACAUAUAAAGAACUGAACACAUGCUCUUCAGUGUGCAUGUUGUCUUUGUGCAGUGAGCUGGGAAGCAAAGCAGACAUUUUGUAGACUGUAUACACUGCAAUUCUGUUAAGGUAAAUUGAUAUUAAUGUUUGUUAUACAAAUCUUUGGGCGCAGUAUGUCAAGUAGUUUCUCCUUUCAUUAAGUAUUUAAAGUACCAGAGGAAAGCCGGUCUAUAACCAUGUUAUUUAAUAGCAACUGUUACACAUUUCUCCACAGUUUUCAUUUUACAAGUAGGGGGAAAAGAAAAAAAAAUGUACAGCUGUCUGCCAAAUCAACUUCAAGACAGUCCAAGACUAAUUUCGAGUUGCAUUUGGGCAGUCAAGUAGACAUACUUAAUACAUUCACACAUUUAGCAAAAAAAUUAAAUGCAUGCCUGCUGGCCUGUUCAAAUGAUAAAUUCCACAUUGCAUGCUUCCAAACAACCUACUAAUGAAUAAAGUUGGUUUCCGUGCACAGCUGCUGGAUUUAAAAUAAAUUGCUCUCCCAUCUCAUAUAAGGGUCCAAAGUACAUUUGGGAUAAUAGGGGAAAAAAAAAAAUCUUUGCAUCAAAUGUGUCAAAGGGGGAAAAUAGGGAGGUACUUUUUUAAAUUAGUAGAAAACUUCAAUAUUCAUUAUUUACAGAAAAUGAAAGCAAAAAGACAAAAGAAAAGCCUUUACACCCUCCCACUACCAACUUUCGGGAGGGGUCGCUGCUCAACGGUGCUCUGCCCUCUCUGUCCUCGGCCUCUGAAUCCUCUGCCUCUCAGGAAGCGACCAGGCACUCCAAAUGUUUCCAUGUUCAACUUUUUCUCCUCUGCCCAUGUGGUUCUCCUGAGGACAAAAAAAACAAAAAACAAAACAAAACAAAAAAACCAGCAAAUAUAUUGAUAUAUUGCAGAGCAUGCAAC